UGUUCUCUCUCUCUCUCUCUCUCUCUCUCUCUCUCGUUUCCUCCAUUGCAAACCGAGCUUCUUUACAGCUUUAGUAGAUAGGGACCAACACCCAUCUCACCCAACUUUGCCCUUUUCUUUUACCCUCACAAAAUCUUUACAGCACAUACAUAUUUCCGUCUUCACAUCCCUUUACGUAUGUAUGUAUGUAUGUAUAUAUAUGCUUCCCAUACACCAUUCCUGGCAUUUUGUUGCUUAGAUUUUCCGGUUCAUUUUCUGUUUCCUCGUUCGAUUACCAUGCCAUAAAGCCGGUUUCUUUUUGGUAGAUGUUUCUAGUUUUGGUGGUGGGCUCAAAGCGACACUCGAGAGAGACUUCAUCUGCAAUUCAACUUUGGCAUAUCUAUGCCAACUGCGUUCUCCUUUUUCUUCAGUUUGCUUCGGAAACAAAAAGAAUGGAGCCCAUUUUCCUUUGUUUCUUCUGCACCAAGAGGAAGAUAGAUCAAAAGGGCAAAUCUUGGUUCACCACAUUUUAAGGGCUUCUGCAUGUGAAGCGUUUGGAAAUUAGAUGGGUUCUAGCCCUCUUGAUGUAUGCCGAGGUUAUAUGGCACGUUUUCUUGGUACCAGGUGUGAAUUUUGCUAGGAGUUUGAUCCAAAGUUGUGAUUGGUGGCACUGUUUGAUACAAGAUCAAAGAUGUCAACCGAGAGUUCUUUGAAUGCUGAAAUGUCGAAAACUAUAUCACUUUUUGGUCUAAAGGGUGUAAAGUUGUGGGUAUUGAUUUGUUUGGUAGUUGGCACGUUCAUAGUUUUGGCUCUCUGCGUUUUAUCUCUAUGGAUCAUGUUCCGUCGAAAAUCCAGAAGACCAGCUGACAAGUUUCCAUUAAACCCGAUACCACAUGUCUCGAAAGAUAUCAGGGUUGACAGAGUUGGGUUUCAGAAUCAGAACUCUCAUCCCGAAAGCCUACGCCUCCCAGUAAACGAAAAAUCCAGUGACAGAAACUCGGAGAAAAUGUUGUCUUACUUGGGCAGAAGCAAGUCUAGUGACAAUGAUAGUUUGAGUCAAUGUAGUUCCGCUCAUCAUCACGAGAGGGCUUGUAGUUUUCAAUCCGGUGAAGAAGGGAGCUUUGGAACUGCUACUGCUCGGAAGCAACGUUCGUUAUCAUAUGGAGGUCUUGUAACAGAAUCACCCUUGGUUGGUUUGCCAGAAAUAUCGCAUCUCGGUUGGGGACAUUGGUUUACCCUUAGGGAUCUCGAGCUAGCCACUAACCGUUUUUCUACAGAGAAUGUGAUUGGCGAGGGUGGCUAUGGAGUAGUUUACAGGGGCAGACUCAUCAAUGGUGCAGAGGUUGCUGUGAAGAAGCUUCUGAACAAUAUGGGACAGGCUGAGAGGGAAUUCCGGGUUGAAGUCGAGGCUAUUGGUCAUGUACGACACAAAAAUCUCGUCAGGCUCUUAGGAUACUGCAUAGAAGGAGUUCACAGGAUGCUUGUUUAUGAAUAUGUCAAUAAUGGUAACUUAGAACAGUGGCUACAUGGAGCCAUGCAUCAACAUGGCACUCUCACUUGGGAGGCCCGCAUGAAGAUCAUUCUUGGUACUGCACAAGCGCUUGCUUAUUUGCAUGAAGCAAUAGAACCCAAAGUAGUCCACAGAGACAUUAAAGCAAGCAAUAUAUUGAUCGAUGAUGGGUUUAACGCAAAAAUCUCUGACUUCGGGUUAGCAAAGCUCCUGGACUCGGGUGAGAGUCACAUCACGACCAGGGUCAUGGGCACUUUUGGCUACGUGGCACCAGAAUAUGCCAAUACAGGUUUGUUAAAUGAGAAGAGCGACAUAUACAGCUUUGGCGUCCUGCUUCUGGAGGCUGUGACCGGGAGGGACCCUGUUGACUAUGGCCGUCCUGCGAAUGAGGUGAAUAUGGUCGAGUGGCUGAAGAUGAUGGUUGGAACAAGAAGAGCUGAAGAAGUUGUUGAUCAAAGCAUUGAAGCCAAACCCACUACACGUGCCUUAAAACGUGCGCUUCUAGUGGCACUAAGAUGUGUGGAUCCUGAAGCAGAGAAAAGACCGAAGAUGAGUCAGGUUGUAAGGAUGCUUGAAACUGAUGAACAUCCCUUUCAUGAGGACCGGAGGAGGAGGAGCAGAACAGCGAGCAUGGAGAUUGUCGAAACUGAAGAGGAAUCAACUGGCACAAGCAGAAGGCCUGCCCAUUCAGAUAGCCAUACUUCAAACCCCGAGAAGGAUCCUAAAUAAGAAAUCUGAUCUGAGCACUUAAUGAGAUUUUGACUCGGGUAACCUCAUGUUGUCCUGACUGUUUCUCUCUUUGGCAACUAAUUACAACAUUCCAUACCUGCCUGUGGAGGAGAAAUGAAUCAGGUGAGAGGAAGAGUGUCAUCCCCUCGUGAUUUCAGAUGAUGAAAGAUUCGUUCCUGUUGUAUCUAACACCGAAGGAGUGAUUAGUGAUGGCCGGAUCGAAAGGGAGUUUUUCCGAUGCGUUUUCUUUUUUCGUGCAUUUCUAUUCGGUAUCUUCUUUUUCUUUCUUCCCUUACAUACUGAAGGAUUCUCACCUGUUAUGAUGAAUUAAUUUAUUUGAUAUUCCGUUGAAUCUGUAUAUGUAUAUGUAUAAGUAGAUGUGUAUGAGUAUGUUCAAAGCUU